AUGAAGCAAGAACGCGCAACUCUCCCAACACCUAACUCGACAGACUCGUUCUGGCACACCGAACCGAAUGAGUUCCUGAUCGGCCACCGCACAACGGAGGAAUUGCCUGCUGAGGCUGACAUCGUUAUUGUGGGGUCUGGAAUAACGGGCACAAAUGCAGCUAGGUAUCUCUCGGAGGAUCAGAGAGCUGCCGGUAAGAGCAUCGUUCUGCUCGAGGCCCGAGAGGCAUGUUGGGGCGCUACAGGAAGGAAUGGUGGACACUGCCAGCCCCUCCUCUUCGACCGAAGUAGCGAUGUAGCCGAGUUCGAGCUCAAGAACGUCGCUGCGGUGCGAUCCUACAUUCAGGACAACAACGUGCCUUGCGAGUGGCGCGACGUAACUGGCUGCCGCACGUUCUGGACUGAAGAGGCGAUGAGCGAGGCUGAGAAGGAAAUCGAACAUCUCAGGAAAACAUCACCUGAAAUCGCACGCCAUGUUACCAUCCUCAAGGAAAAGGAGGAAUUUAAGAAGCACCGUGUCGCACCCGACUGUGUUGGAUUGACACUAAGUGAAGGAGCCGCGAGUCUAUGGCCGUACAAGCUAGUUACCUUCAUGCUCGAGAAGCUCGUUAAGAACGGCCAGCUCAACCUACAGACCAAGACUCCCGUCACCGAAAUUACCUCGUCAAACAGCACGCACACUCUCCACACGCCCCGCGGCACCAUCAGCAGCAAGACCGUCAUUCUCGCGACCAAUGGCUACACAUCAGCUCUCCUACCCCACUUCGCCGAUCUCAUUGUGCCCUGUCGUGGAGAGAUGUCAGCCCUGAUCCCACCCGCAGGAAUGACGCUCUUGCCAAACUCGUACGGCAUGGUUGCGGCUCUAGGCCAACCAGCCAACAACGACGACUACCUCAUUCACCGUCCAUUUGAGGGCGUUCCAAACCCUGGUGGUCAUCUGAUGUUUGGUGGCGGCCGCGGAGCAGGACAUUAUCCAAGCAUAGGCGUUUCUGAUGACGCUGUAAUUGAUGAAGGCUCUGCUGCAUACCUUCGCGGUGCGCUGUUGAAGGUUAUGGAGCUAGGUGGGCAGACGGAAGGUCUGAAUGAGCUUAAAGCUGCCGCACAGUGGACUGGCAUCAUGGGUUAUUCGCGUGAUGAUCACCCAUGGGUUGGUAAGGUGCCGGGCAAUGAAGGCUUGUGGCUCGCCGGUGGAUACACAGGACACGGUAUGCCGAACGGCACAUUAUGUGGAAAGGCCAUUGUCGACAUGGUACUCGGUGAGAUGGACGGCUCCGACCUGACCGCUGUACACGAGGAGAUGGUUCGAAAGGGCGAUAUGCCCAAGAGCUACAUCCUGACAAAAGAAAGGAUCGAUCGAGCAAGACAGAUGCUCACAGUACAGCAACAGGAUGCACAGGGAGUACAUAUGAACGGUGUUGUAUAG